UCCAUGAACCACGCACCACGAUCCUCCCCAGCAGAGCUCAGCGGUGCCAGCCACCACCUGCUGCGAGAGCGCAAGUCCUCAGCACCGUCCCACUCCAGCCAGCCCACCCUCUUCACCUUUGACUCACCCACCAGCCACCUUCAGAGCACCCUGUCCGCCAGUGCCCCCCAGGACUACCUUUUCCUCCAUCAGUGUAUGAGCAGAAAGUCAGAAAAUGCAAGGAGUGCCAGCUUUUCCCAAGCCACGAGGUCUGCCUUCUUCAUGCGAAGUGACACAGCGGUCCAGAAGCUCUCACAGGGCAAUGGGCACUGUGUGAACGGGGUCAGCGGGCAGCUCCAUGGCUUUUACAGCCUGCCAAAACCCAGUCGGCACAACUCGGAGUUCAGGGAUGGUGCCUACGACCUCCCACGCGCCUUUGGUUCCUACACCCACCCCAAGUCAAGCCUCACCAGCUCCGAAACGGAUAAUGAGGAGGUCUACACCUACAAGACUCCCAACAACACUCUAUGCAAGGAGUUUGGGGAGCUUUCCACGGACUCCUAUGACAUCCCUGCCACCCCACUCUCCAUCUACCAGAUCCCCAGGACAUUUACACUGGACAAGAACCACAACACUCUUGCUGUGGCCGCCAGCGACUCACCUGCAGCACCACCCCCACGGCCUCCAAAACCUGGGCAGAUGGAGCCACGGUGGGGUAGCCCACCCCAGUGGCCCCAGCCUGGUGAAAACUUAGGGCUGGCCCCCAUGGCAGCCACCAUUCCCCGGAGAAACACGCUGCCAGCAGUGGAAAACAGCAGGCUGCACCGAGCUUCUUCUUGCGAGACGUAUGAAUACCCCCAGCAUGGGGUUGGCAGCGCUGUGCAGUCGGUUGAGUCGAUGAACGACGGGUACAACUCCUACCUGCAAGCCAAGGCAAAAGUGGCCCGCUCCCACAGCACCGACUCUGAGGACAACUAUGUCCCCAUGAACCCCGGUUCCUCACCCCUGAUCCACACUGAGAAAGCCAACGACAAUGCCCAAAACCUUUACAUCCCCAUGAGCCCUGGGCCGCAUCACUUUGACCUGGUGGGGUUGUCCUCGGCCACCCUCCCCAUUCAUAAAGGAGGAGCCAUGGCGCAGUGCCACAGACGGUUGAGUGAAAUCCAGCCCCCACCAGUCAACCGCAACCUCAAACCCGACCGGAAAGUAAAGCCAUCGCCGCUGGACCUGAGGAAUAACACUGUCAUCGAUGAGCUUCCCUUCAAAUCACCAAUCACAAAAUCCUGGUCCAGGCCAACCCAGACCUUCAACGCCGGCUCUUUGCAAUACUGUCGCCCUGUCUCCUCCCAGAGCAUCACCAGCACUGACUCAGGAGACAGCGAGGAGAACUACGUGGCGAUGCAAAACCCCAUUUCUGCUUCUCCUGUUCCUAGUGGCACCAACAGCCCAGCACCUAAAAAGAGUUCGGGGAGUGUGGAUUAUCUAGCCCUGGACUUCCAGCCAAGCUCGCCAGGGCCACACAGAAAGCCCUCCACCUCAUCAGUUGCCUCGGAUGAGAAGGUUGACUAUGUGCAAGUGGACAAGGAGAAGACGCAGGCGCUGCAGAGCACCAUGCAGGAGUGGACUGAUGUGCGGCAGUCCUCAGAGCCCACCAAGAGCACGAAGCAGUAGCACCUGGGGCAGGAAGUAAAACAGGCAAAUAUCCUGGUGGUUUUCCCCAGCUGAGUGAGGUCCCACCAGGCUGGCAGCUCCACUUGGGCUGGAUUUCUAAGACUUUGUCUGUGGAGGGGGUCUUCUUUUUUUUUUUUCUUUUAAGACAGAAGGAAACUUAAUUUCAGGGGAAGACUUGGCGGCUACUGUUUGCCAGUGAUAAAGACCAACUAUCUUUGGUGGCCAGGUUUGUGCUGUAGCUGCUGGAUGCACUAUCCAGGAACUUCAACUUAGCAAUACCAGGUUUCACCCUACACAUCUUUUGCCUACAGCUAUGAAAGCCACCCUGUAUGUGCUAACACUGCAUUAUCUCUCCCCAUCUUCUUCCAUACUGUACCCCCAAACUGUGCCAUGCAGGUUUGAAGCAUCUCUCUUAGGACAUCAUUCCCCAGCUCUGAUUCCCCAUGCCUUAUGGUUGCCCUCUUCUCUGCCUCCUCCCAAUCCCAAAACU